GCCUCGGGAGGCCGCCGCCUUCUACCACUCGCUUCGCCGUGUUGAAGAAGAGCAAGCCCGUCAAGAUUGCCUGUCGCUGGAUUUGUCGACACACGCUGGAUCCAGAAAAUUCCCAGCGACAAUCGAAUGCGGCAUGGCAUAGGGUAUAGCAGAAAACACAUGCGACAGCCCGCCAACGCUCUGUUGCCCCGGGUCCAGGCCUGAGCCGGUGCGACACCGCAAGCCUCUCUCUACCUGGCUACUUUGGCUCCGACGUACCGCUUCCACGAUGAAUGGAAACGCCAGACGGCGGCCCUGGUCGCCCGAGAUCAGCAGCCACUACGACCACACCUUGUACCUCCCGCACCAACCGAAGUCACUCUCGGGCAUCGCACUUCGCUCUUUCUGCCUGGGUAUCGCACUGGCUCUCGGGCUCGUUGCGACUCUCGCAAUCUACUUCUACACCGCAUCUCCGCUGUGGCGCCUCCCCUUCUUCCUCGUCGCCCUUUCCCUAUUCCACUUCCUCGAGUUUUGGACCACUGCCGCCUACAACACCCGCGCCGCCGAUGUCUCGUCCUUCCUGUUAACAUCCAACUGGCCGGGGUACGCCAUCGCACACACGUUUGCCACGCUCGAGUGUCUCGUCACACGCCUGCUCUGGCCCGCCGGCGGCGGCAGCACGAGAUGGAUACCCUUCGACCUGGGCCGCGCGCUGGUGCUGGCGGGGCUAGCACUCGUGGUGGCGGGCCAGACGGUCCGCAGCGUGGCCAUGGUCCACGCGGGCCGGAACUUCAACCACACGCUGCAGUACCGCCGCGAGUCGGGCCACGUGCUCGUCACGGACGGCAUCUACGGCGUCCUGCGGCACCCGAGCUACUUUGGCUUCUUCUGGUGGGCGCUCGGCACGCAGAUGGUCAUGGGCAACGUGGUCAGCUUCGUCGGGUACGCGGUCGUGCUCUGGCGUUUCUUCCGCGACCGCAUCCGCCGCGAGGAGGAGUUGCUGGUCGGCUUCUUUGGGGACGAGUACAUCGAUUACAGAAGACGGGUGCCCACGAGGAUUCCCUUCGUGCCGUGAGCGCCCGCGUGUACAGUACUAAGCAAUCUUUACCUUGGCGCGUCCCCCGGCAAAG